GACGAUACCAUCUCAUCUUCAUUUGCAACUCAAAGCUAACAGCAGUUACCAUUAUUCCUUAGGAAUCUUAUCUCACCUUUCAACGCUUUUUUUCAUUUCUUACCUUAUAAUACACUUUCAGAUUCUUUACCUCCAUUCUUCGUUUUUCUGUGCCACAGAAUCUUUAAGGACCACAGAUUGGUUUUGUUGUCUUAUGGGGAUAUCUUUUUCAUUCUCAUGUCCAUUUGCCAAGUACAAUGAUGUCGAAGAUGGAUUAGAUUCUAUGGUUGUAAAAUCCAUUGACUUUGGCAAUGACCAAAUCAAGACUCUAGUAAGAUCAGUGAGUUUCAACAACAGAGAUUCAGAACCAACCAUCCUUAAGUCCCAAGGUUCAGGGAAGAUGACAGUAGAGAAAUCUGUAAGCUUCAAGCGAAAAGAUAUCAGUAGUGUGAUCUCAGACAAUGCUCUUUCCUUUGAUAAAGAGAAUGAAUCAUUUGUCUCAAAGAUUAGCAAAAAGAUUAAAGACACAGAUGAUGAAUCUCCUAGGCUAGAAUGUGAAGCAGAAACAAUCCAAUCAGCACUUUUGAAUCCACACAAUCCUAAACACAUGGCUGCACUUAAAUUACAGAAAGUUUACAAGAGCUUUCGCACUAGAAGAAAGCUUGCGGAUUGCGCGAUUCUUGUUGAACAAAGCUGGUGGAAGCUUUUAGAUUUCGCCGAACUCAAGCGCAGCUCGAUAUCUUUCUUUGACAUUGAGAAACAUGAAACUGCCAUUUCGCGUUGGUCUAGAGCUAGAACCAGAGCUGCCAAGGUUGGAAAAGGUUUAUCAAAAGAUGAUAAAGCUCAAAAGCUUGCUCUACAACACUGGCUUGAAGCGAUUGACCCGCGCCAUCGCUAUGGACACAAUUUGCACUUCUAUUAUGAUAAAUGGCUUCAGUGCCAAGGCAGAGAACCCUUCUUCUACUGGCUUGACAUUGGAGAAGGAAGAGAAGUAAAUCUCGAGAAGUGCCCGCGUACUAAACUUCAAACUCAGUGUAUCAAAUAUCUUGGUCCGAUGGAAAGGUUGGCUUAUGAAGUUGUUGUAGAGGAUGGAAAGUUCUUCUACAAACAAUCAGGAGAGCUCCUUGACACGACCGAAUCGGAUGCGCAUGCCAAGUGGAUUUUUGUCCUUAGCACAUCUAAGUCACUGUAUGUUGGCAAGAAAAAGAAAGGUUCAUUUCAACAUUCUAGCUUCUUGGCUGGAGGAGCUACAUCUUCUGCUGGCCGUCUGGUUGUCGAACAUGGCGUCUUGAAGGCAGUUUGGCCUCAUAGUGGUCACUAUCGUCCGACGGAAGAGAACUUUCAGGAGUUUAUUUUAUUCUUGCAAGAGAACAAUGUGAACCUCUCUGAUGUCAAGAUGGUUCCAGUUGGAGAGGCUGAUGAAUUAUUUUCGGUAAGAAGCAUGGGACAUCUCAGAAGCCACUCGUCCGAAGAGGACUUCACCGAGAACAUCAGUGGCUUGGAGACCGAAGAGAGCAUCGUCCAAGACUCAAUCGAAAAGCAUCCAAAUUUGAUGGAAACCAAGCUAGCUUCUGCAUUGACAACACCUCGCUCAAGGCAAUUCCAGAUUCUUGGAAGAGAACUAUCCAGUCUUCAAAUACCAAAGAGGGGAAUUGAAGGACUAGAAAGCGAGGAAGGAAAUGUUGCGAAAAGUAUCGAGAGUUUUGAACCGGAGUCUCCUACAGCUGAUCAAGAAACAGAACCAUUGGCACCAGAGCUAGACCACCAAACUCCUAAGCAAAAUGUGAGUGACAAAAAGGAUGGUGAGAGUGAUGAAGAAACAGUUCCAGAAGAGUCAAUACUGAAGAGAAUCAACUCACACAAAGGGAUGAAAUCCUACCAACUUGGUAAGCAGUUAUCCUGCAAAUGGACAACUGGAGCCGGACCUCGAAUCGGCUGUGUAAGGGACUACCCGAGUGAACUCCAGUUUCGCGCUUUGGAGCAAGUUAACCUGUCCCCAAGAAGCGCUGCCCGGACGAAGUUGCCGUUAGCUCAAAGAACCACCUCCGGUUUGAGUCCUAGUGUUUCUUCUAUUGCAAGUUUGUGUGGUGAUACAUCAGCAGAAACACAAUUUGAAUAUAUGAACAUGUCUCAAAGAAGUGAGCAUAAUUCAAGAUCAGAGUUCUCCCCAUUGAUCAGAGGAACAUCAGUGAUACCAGUUAUUCAUAUGUCAUGAGUGAAUAGAAUUACCAUUUGAUUUAUUCUUUUCUGUUGUGAAUAGGUAACAAAAGUAUACAAGUUUUUAGUAUACAAAUUUUUCUGAUGUUGUUUAUGUUAAUUCACAUAGCCAUUCUUUUUUUCACUCAUGUAUAAUGUAGGAUGGAAAUUGUAAAAUUUUAU